AUGGAGCGAACAAAUAUCUCCUAUUAUACUGUUCCUGCCGCAUGGUUUUUAUGCUUGGCACCUCAUGUCUACGCCAUCACUCUCUAUGACAAGGCUUCCACCGCCGAAAAAUUCGACAGGGUGAACCCUAGGACGCUCCUGUCGGCCCCGAAAGCCAACCGAAUGAUUGAUUCAUCCACGAAGCAACGCAUUGCUCGUGCUGAGGGGGCACAACUCAAUGGCUUUGAGAAUCUGGGCUUCUUCGCUGGCUCCGUGGUUGCCGCUAACGCGGCUGGUGUAAAUGUCAGGUGGUUGAAUGCCUUGAGCAUGAUCUACCUCUUCAGCAGAGCCUUGUACGCCGUGCUUUACAUUAAGGGCGUCGUCUCUAGAAUCCCGAGAGGCGGCCCAUUUCAUGCAGCUUUGAUCGCUGCCAUCGCUCUUUAUAUCAAGGCCGGCAAUGCUGUGAGGAGUGAAUUCGAAGCUUUCUGGCUUGUAGCAGCGCCCGAACCCAACUUCGAGGAGAUAGCGACGAUCAACGUCCACAACCAUGAAGUCCCACUGCCCGCCUAUUGGCGAAUCGUGCAACUAUUCAUGGAAGGCAAAACCGAGGAAGAAGUCGUUCGACUGGUCAUUACCCACACCGGCAGCAAGACUCUCAAAGUCGUCACCGAUGUCGUUAAAUGUAUCUUUGAGAAUCAGCGACGCAUCCAGGCACCAUCCAAAACAUCAAACAGACCGAGUGUUCCCUUCAAGAAGCCAAAGAAUGUCAGUGCUUAUCGGGCAGCCCGGAUUGAAGCUCGUCGGGACCUUGAGGCCGCCACAGUGCGACUACAAGAUGCAAAACAGCAAGAAAAGCAGCUUCUCAAUCAUGCCCUCAGCCGGCAGAAGGAACAGCUUCAAGAGCAGAAGACGGAUUCUGACGAUCGGCGAAAGACACUUUCAACGAUCGAGAACCAGAUGAAACAAGUCCUGGAGAGACAUAAGAACAUCGAGGCAGACAUCGAGUACGCGACAACACUUACAAUUCUACAUAGAGCCUCGCUGGCGUGA